AUGCCGGCCUUUAGGCCGCUUGCGAACUUGCGAGUGUCCCUUGCAAACCCUGCACCACAAUACCGACGCUUCAGUGCAACUCCUACCCGAUGCUUGAGUGCCGUCUUCGCAGAGACUGAAAACCCCGAGUUGAACGAAAUUCUUAUCGAUGUUCAGGAGAAGAUCAUCCUUCCAGCAUACCUGCCUGAGACACAGAGGAAGAUUGUCUAUAACCCAAGCAAGAGCGACUUCAUGCGGCGCAACCCCAUUGUUAUCGAGCUUGAUGGCCUUGAGCAUACAUUUUCGCCAAUCGAUAUAAAGAAUGACAUCCCGAAUUCAAAGAAAGCACUCACGCAAGCGACCAAGCUAAUGAAGACCAAGGAGGAAUGGGACAACAUCGCUACGUUCCUGGCUGGCUACAAGAGGGCUGGGAUUAAGCUAGAAAACGAGCACUAUUUGUCCUUGAUUCGGAGGGCAUGCGCCGCUCAGCAGGAGUAUUCCAUUAUUGAGUGUGCCAAGCAGGCUGACAAGACUGGCCUUACUCUAAAAAAUGUUUCCUCAAUCGCCCUCUUAAUGUCAUCCAUCAACCAAAGGAUCUACGACUCAACGCGGGAAGGGCGCGAUGUUCUGCAAGCUUUGAAAUGGAAUCAACUGAUUUGGGAUCUGAUACAACGUCCACAGCACAAACGGCAAGAAAGUUCCAUCCAUAUGCUAGCUCACUGCCGCCCUACUAUCCGAGGACUUCUUCUCUUCAGUCAAGCACAUACAAUCCAAGCGCAACAGGCAGCCGGAGAUUCUGCCGAGAAACUUACCAAAGGAUUGCGGGAUAAUUUAGAGUUUAUCUUGGCAAAGUAUGAACGGAAACGUCGCAACAUAGCCCCUAUGUGGCACAUGCUGAACGUACGCAGUGGUGUCCAGGAGUCCUAUGAAAAGCAGGACCCCAUCAGCCCCUACUAUUAUGUUAGGGUAGUCGCUCAGAACAUCAGAGCGAUGGAACUUGCACAGGAAAUUGUUGGUGACGAUACAGGGAAACUAAUGUAUUUCCGCGACAUGCUGGAGAAGCAUGUUGAAGACUUCAUCAAGGCAGGCUCCGAAAAUAGGAAAGGUUUUGGUCUCGAGUACGAACGUAUUACAGGCCGAAAGCCUGAUUGGGAGAAAUACUUGACUAUGGAUUAA